AUAGUGUUUUUUUCGACCUAUAGCCUCCGAAAGUCUCGAGUCCACGACGCCGUGGGAAUUUCCACAGUGCGUCGCUGCUGGUUUCUACCGGUAAGGCUUCUUUCGUCCUUCGUGCUCGUGUGCACCUCGUUUUCUUUCUCACCUUUAAUGUCGUAAAUGAGAGAUCCUAGCUCUAAUUCCUCAUCCAAAUCUGUUCCCCUCCAUUUCGCCCCAAUUUCUCUGUUCCUGCUAGUUGCUACCCGCUUACCUGGCAAAAGGUGGUUCCUUUCACCAUUUUUCUUCGUCCUUUCAUUUUAUCUUCUUUUCUCGAAUGGAUUUUUUUUUAACUUUUUCUUAUGUAUGAUGUACUUCGGAAGAUAAGAAACAUAUAUAUUAUCGUUUAUUGAGUAUGACCUGUAACAACUAUUGACUUAUGACCAUUUUUUUCGGGUUUUAUUACAUCUUGGUACUGCUUUCAAUUUUUGUUGCUUAACGCAAUUCGAGGGACUUUAGCUAGGUCAUCGCGAAGGAAUGUGGUGAAAGGUUUAUUCUAGUACUGUAUAUGUGAAAUGGGUGCUGAAGCAAUUGAAAUGAAUCGUCUGAAAAAUGGGGAAGCUGAGAACAGUCAUUGCAAGCAAUCUGAUCAAGUUCCCGCUGAAGGGUUUACUUGUGGAUGUGAAAAUUCGCUUUCUGAUGAGAAUGAUGGAAACCCAAGGAAAGUUUCAGACAGCCUUGAAGCCAAUAUACAUCCUGAUGCUCCACAGAAAAGGGCCAGCUGCAGAAGGAAGUGACUUUUCAGGAUAUGUAUCAAAACCAAGACAUGUUUGAUGACGACGAUGAUGACAGUGAUUGGGAGCCCUUACAGAAGAGUUUGGAAGUUAUUAAGUGGUUCUGCACAAACUGCACGAUGGUUAACCUUGAUGAUAUCGACCAUUGUGAUAUAUGUGGGGAACAUAGAGAUUCCAAAAUCCUGAGCUAUGGUUUUUUCGCAUCCCCUUAUGCUGAAGACAGCAAUCUGACUGAGGCAAAGCCCAAAAUGAAAGAAGAAGUUGGCACACAAGAUGUAGCUUUAAGUCCUACCACGGCAAUUGGCUUUGAUGAGAGAAUGUUGCUGCAUGCAGAAGUUCAGAUGAAGUCACACCCACACCCUGAAAGGCCAGAUCGUCUUAAAGCCAUUGCUGCCAGUUUUGCUACAGCUGGAAUAUUUCCUGGAAGAUGCUAUCCGAUUUCUGCCAGAGAGAUCAGUCUAGAAGAACUUCAAUUGGUUCAUUCUUUGGAACACAUUGAAUCGGUGGAAGUUACAAGCCAGAUGAUUUCUAGUUAUUUCACUCCUGACACAUAUGCCAACGAGCAUUCAGCUCAAGCUGCUAGGCUGGCGGCUGGUUUAUGUUCUGACCUGGCAUCAGCAAUUGUUUCUGGACGUGCCAAAAAUGGGUUUGCUCUGGUCAGGCCUCCUGGUCAUCAUGCUGGUGUUAGACAGGCCAUGGGGUUUUGCCUUCAUAACAAUGCUGCAAUAGCAGCAUUAGCAGCUCAGGUUGCAGGGGCUAGGAAGGUGCUAAUUCUAGAUUGGGAUGUUCAUCAUGGCAAUGGGACACAGGAAAUAUUUGAGCAAAACAAAUCGGUCUUAUAUAUAUCAUUGCAUAGACAUGAGGGGGGAAGGUUUUAUCCUGGUACUGGAGCUGCUGAUGAGGUUGGUGCCAUGGGUGCAGAAGGACACUGUGUCAAUAUUCCAUGGAGCCGAGGAGGAGUUGGAGAUAAUGAUUACAUUUUUGCAUUUCAGCAUGUUGUCCUUCCAUUAGCUUCUCAGUUCGCUCCAGAUUUCACUAUCAUAUCAGCUGGAUUUGAUGCUGCAAGAGGUGAUCCCUUAGGAUGUUGUGAUGUCACUCCCAAUGGUUAUGCGCAGAUGACUAAAAUGUUAAAUGCCCUUUCUGGUGGAAAGUUACUUGUCAUUCUUGAGGGGGGUUAUAAUCUUCGCUCUAUAUCAUCUUCUGCCACUGCAGUGAUCAAGGUAUUGCUGGGUGAGAAUCCUGAAUUUGAGCUGGAAAAUAACUUUCCUUCCAAAUCUGGCCUACAAACUGUUUUGGAAGUCCUCAAAAUUCAGAUGAACUUUUGGCCUUCUUUAGAACCAAUCUUUGGGAAUUUGCAGUCACAAUGGGGAAUGUACUGUCUUGGAGAAAAAAGGAAACAGAGUAAGAAGAGACACCGUGUCCAGCUACCAAUAUGGUGGAAAUGGGGGCGAAAAAGUUUCAUAUACCAUUUUCUUAAUGGCCGUCUACGUUUAAAGUCGAAGUGAUCUUCUUGAGUACUUUAGAUAUGCGCAGGCAUACCUUGUAAUUUUCAGCACCCUUGUAUUGUACAUUCCAUCUAGAUUCUGGUUAAUAUCAUUUUUGCUUGACCAUUAGCAUGGCAAUUCAAGUGAUAUAUUUUCAACUUUUGAUUUGAGUUUUGUUGGGUUUCCUGGAGGAGGGGAAGGACAAGAUGGAUAUGAAAAAGGUAAUGAAGGAGUAAAAAUAGUAUGCCCCUCGCAGGUGUUAUAUUAA